CUUUUUACUUUCCCCUGCUGGUGCCCAAGACCACCGUGGAAGGAAUGGCUAAGGAUAAGGUGGAGGAGACAAGUGAGUUAGAAUGGGGCUUGUUACCCCCAGAAGAAUUUUCCCAAGUGAAUGGAAUCAUUCUUCAAAAGAAAAUGUGCGAUUUCUGGGAUAAGAUCUGGAACUUCCAAGCCAAGCCUGAUGACCUGCUCAUUGCUUCUUACCCCAAAGCAGGAACCACUUGGACACAGGAAAUUGUAGAUCUGAUACAAAAUGAUGGCGAUAUUGAGAAAAGCAGGCGCGCUUCCAUUCAACUUCAACACCCUUUCCGGGAGUGGAUAAGAAUGACACACUGUGGGAUUGACCAGGCUAACGCAAUGCGUUUCCCAAGGACCCUGAAAACUCAUCUUCCUGUACAACUACUGUCUCCAUCCUUCUGGGAGGAAAACUGUAAGAUAAUCUAUGUGGCAAGAAAUGCCAAGGAUAACCUGGUGUCCUACUACCAUUUUCAAAGGAUGAGCAAAGCACUCCCUGACCCGGGAAGCUGGGAUAAGUACUUUGAAACAUUCCUGGCAGGCAAUAGAUUAGGGCUUUUGGAGAGCCAUACUGCAGUGAUUGUUACUGUCCUUCUGGGCCUAGCCACCCAGCAGAGCUACCAGGCUAUGGGCUGGCACUGGGGAGUGUCUGCAGAGAGUCCUGUGACAUCUUCAGGUGUAUCAGACAUGGAUACCAGCACCUAUUCUGAUGAAGGUGGCAAGGGAGAUCCAAAACGUGAAAUUAGAAAGAUAAUGGAAUUCCUGGGGAAGAACCCAAAAGAAGAGCUUUUAGACAAAAUCGUCUAUAAUACUUCAUUUGAUGUAAUGAAAAAGAACCCCAUGACCAACUACAUAAAUGAAAUUAAAAUGAAUCAUAAUCUCUCUCCAUUCUUGAGAAAAGGAGUCGAGGGAGAUUGAAAAAAUCAGUUCACUGAAGCUCAGAACAAGCAAUUUAAUGAAUACCAUGAGAAAAAUAUGGGUGACCCUUCACUGUCAUUUUGCAUGGAACUCUAAAAAACACAGCGAGAGAAUAAAACUCAUCCUCUCACCAGCCUCUGUAAAGUGAAAAGGAAAUCUGUUUCCAAAUAGCACUAAUGGUUUGUCUGACUCAGUGUAAGAGUUUUUAAACAAGGGCAUGAACAUUCUUUAUCCUUGAAUUUCUGAUCUGCUUUUUGGAUUACCCACAAUCUGACUUGUUAUAUAAUUAUUACGUUUUGUGUUUUUCUC